UCACAUGACACGGUCAGCUCCGCAGAGUGAACCCGCUGCUCAGUUACAUGUUAGGUUGUUUGGCGUAUGACACUGCGAUUUCCGUGCGCCACAAGUUGUAGUAACACUAUUACCUGGCUCACUUUCUCAUUUAAUAUUUGAGAAAUAUAUACGCAAGCAGUCAAUCGCGUGUUUUGUCGAAAUAGCGAACGAACGAGUCGAUUCGGACGUUUCUUUACUGUAGCUAGGUAACGUUAGCGCGCUAAGCUAACACCGCUAAGCUAGCGUUACUUGCCUGCAGAGAACGAAAACAUCAGCAUGAACAUCGACAGCGUAAACCAGUCUGUCACCACUGGAGUUUCAUCCGCGACAUCUGCAACAUCAAGUAACUGUAUCGCAAAUAGCACAGCCAGCAGUGUCAGCAGCAUCCCUUCGGUGACGAGUAAUGCUUCAGCCUCGGCUGCCAUGGUGACGCCAUCAUCAGACACAUCUGUAUCCAAUGGCGUCUAUGUUCCCGGUGGCAUCACCAACGGGGAUGUGAAGCCUGCCAUCUCCACCGCACCGCUGGUAGAUUUCCUGAUGCAGUUAGAGGAUUACACUCCUACUAUUCCUGAUGCAGUGACAGGCUACUAUCUCAACCGUGCCGGAUUUGAAGCGUCUGAUCCAAGAAUAAUCCGUUUGAUCUCCCUUGCCUCUCAGAAGUUCAUCUCAGACAUCGCCAACGAUGCUCUGCAGUACUGUAAGAUGAAGGGCACGGCGUCAGGAAGCUCCAGGAGCAAGGCAAAGGACAAGAAGUACACGCUGACAAUGGAGGACCUGUCUCCUGCCCUCUCAGAAUAUGGCAUCAACGUCAAGAAACCUUAUUACUUCACAUAGGGUUUUCAUCUUCACGGGGCUUUUCCUAGUUUUUUUUUUUUGUGUGUUUUUUUUUUUUUUUCUUCCCACCUGACCCACUAGGUUGUCGCUACCUUUUGCAAAAAGUGCUUUGAUCAUGGUGCUUUAGUACAGCCUUUGACAGUUGUUUUUGCAGUCAUUUUGCCUUUUUGUAGAGCAAACUUUGUAUUGUGUGAAAGUGUAACAUUACCAAUGUUUUCUUGUGGAAAAAUAAAACCUACAACUAAAAUC